UGUGGCUAAAGGAAGGGUUCGCCUCUUUCAUGGAAUACCUGUGUGUCGACCAUCUGUUACCCGAAUACCAGAUUUGGAUGCAAUACGCGACCGACACAUACCUAUCGGCCCUCGAGUUGGACGGUCUUCAUAACUCCCAUCCCAUCGAAGUACCGGUCGGUCACCCGUCAGAAGUGAAUGAGAUAUUCGAUGAGAUCUCGUAUAGCAAAGGGUCGGCAAUCAUACGAAUGCUUCACCGGUUUAUUGGUGACGAGUUGUUCCGCAAAGGAAUGCAUUUAUAUCUCUCGCGUCACAGCUAUAAGAGUGCGAAGACUGAAGACCUUUGGACUGCACUCUUGGAGUCGAGUAAUAAACCGGUCAGAGAUGUGAUGAGCACUUGGACUCUGCAGAAGGGAUAUCCAGUUAUUUCAGUGACGUCCCGUCGCGACAAGGAUUCAGUGAUUCUAAGCCUAACUCAGGAGAAGUUCUGCGCCGAC